GGUAAUGCAACCUAGAUGGGCCGGCCAGCAUACGAGAUUGAAGUCGAAGAAGCUUUAGUCAGCUCGUUUUACAAGCCGGUUCAGUUUUGCAGAAGCCGAACAGCCAAUUCCUCCUCCAUUGCCAGAGCCCCUAUGAGAAAGGUUUCGUCUUUGGCUUCUAGGGCUGCACCUGAAAUCCAAAACCUUGCACAAAGAAUUAACAAUUCAAAUAAACCAACUUUCCCAAGACAUUCGAAAGUGAAACCUGCGAAAAGCCUUGCUCAGAACCCUGUAGUUUCUUUCACAGGUAAACUUGAGUUCAAGGACACGAAAUUUGAUUCAAUUUCUGCUCUUGAGAAGAGGUUUGUCUCAAAGCCCAUUGAUCAUCGUUUUUUCUCUGAAAUUUUGUUGAGGAAGGACUGGUAUUUGCUGCUGAAUCAUGAGUUUAAGUCUCAGAGGCUUAAUUUGAAUACUCAGACUGUGGUUAGCAUUUUGCAGAACCAAGAAAACGCUUUAUGCCCUUUGCGAUUUUACGUUUGGCUUUCCAAUGUCAGUGCUUCGCUCGCUAGGAAUCAGUCCAUUCUGAGUGCUUUAAGCAAUUCCCUUUAUAGGAAGGGUCCGGUUUUGUUGUCUGCUGAGUUGAUAAAGGAGAUUAGGAGUUCGGGCUGCAGAGUGAAUGAGGAUUUGCUUUGUGCUCUUAUUGGUAGUUGGGGAAGGUUGGGAUUGGCGAAGUAUUGUUCCGAGGUUUUUGAGCAGGUCUCUUAUUUGGGGAUUGGUCCUAGUACGAGGUUGUAUAAUGCCGUGAUAGAUGGGCUAGUAAAGUCCAAUUCACUUGAUUUGGCUUACCUGAAGUUUCAGCAAAUGGAGGUGGACAACUGUACAAGGGAUAGAUUUACGUAUAACAUCCUUAUUCAUGGAGUUUGUAAGGCUGGUGUAGUGGACGAAGCCAUACGCCUGGUGAAACAGAUGGAGGGGUUGGGAUACUCACCCAAUGUAUUCACUUAUACUAUCUUAAUAGAUGGGUAUUGCAAUGCUAAAAGACUAGAUGAUGCGUUUAGGCUUAUUGACAAAAUGAAGGCCAGGAAUGUGAGGCCGAAUGAUGCAACAUAUAGGUCACUGAUCAAUGGAGUAUUUCGUUCUGUGCCUCCAAACGAGGCUUUUGAAUCAUUACUGAGAUGGGUGAAUAGGGAGCGCAGUCUUCCUAAAGUGGUUUAUGAUAGUAUAGUUUAUUGCCUCUGUAAUAAUUAUUUACCUAAGCAUGCAGCUAUAUUUUUGAGAACAGCUGAUGAACAAGGUUAUGUUCCUGAUAGUUUGAUAGCUAACAUCGCUCUGUCUUGUUUGGUUAAAGGAUUGGAUCUUGAGGAAUCUUGUCGGAUGUUUGAGUUUUUCAUUAACCGUGGGGUGAAGGUGGAUUUAAGUCCUUGUCUGUCACUUGUUGAGGUUCUGUUCAAAUUAGGAAGAGAAGGGGAGGGCAAUCGAUAUUUAAGUUGGAUACUCCAGGAAGGACUUGUCACAAAUGUCUUCUCAUAUAACAUGCUGAUCGAUUGCUUUUGCAAAGCUAACAUGAUGGACAGAGCAAUAGAAAAUUUAGGAGUGAUGUCUGAAAGAGGUAUUCUCCCUAAUCUUGUUACUUUCAACACCCUUAUUGCAGGGUAUUGUAAGGCUCGGGAUGUACACAAGGCACGAGAAAUGCUAGUGAUGCUCUUAGGUCAUGGUUUUAAACCAGAUUUGUUCACUUUCAAUUCAAUAAUUGAUGGCCUUUGCCAGGUUAAUCAGAUUACUGAUGCUUUUGAUUGUUAUUUGGAAAUGGUGGAGUGGGGAAUAACUCCGAAUGCUAUCACAUAUAAUAGCUUAAUCCGUUCAGUGUGCAUCUCUGGACAUGUCAGAGCAAUGGAACUACUGAGAAAGAUGCAACUUGAUGGAAUACAGCCUGAUCUUUAUACUUUUAAUGCUCUAAUACAAAAGUAUUGCAAAAUUAAUAAAAUUGAUAAGGCAAAGAGGAUUCUAGCAAGCAUGUUAAAGCUGGACUUGCGUCCUGAUAAUUUCACCUACAUUGCUUUUAUUAAUGCAUUUUGUGAAUCCGGGAGAUUUCUUGAAGCUAAAGAGUUGUUUUCUUCAAUGGAGGCAAAUGGUUGUCAGCCUGAUGCUUAUGCGUGCAAUUCAUUCAUUGAUGCCUUAAUCAAGUCAGGAAGAUUUCAAGAAGCCCAAGAUGUAUGGUUGAAAUACAAAGAGAAGGGAAUUACAUUGAAACCGAUGCCUGUUAAAUCUGGUGCUUUGGUUGGUUGAUCAUUGCAUCAAAGAGUUUCACAAGUUGGCUUUGCUCUGUGAAUCAUAUGGCUUUGGGUGCUGCUGUUGCUUAUACAUGUACUUCAUUCAUGGAUGUGGCAGAUCCUCGAGAAACCCAAGAUGUAUGGUUGGAAUUCUAAGAGAAGGUCUUGGUGCUGAAGUCAAUGCCUGUUUUAGUUGCUUAGUUGUUUAUCAAAGUGAUUCACAAGCUUCAGUAAGUUUGCAUGGGUUUGGACAUCAUGGAGGACAUUCUUCUCUAUGGGGAGUGUCUAGUUCUCCAAUGAUGAAACAAGAGCAAUUGAAGAGUUCUGCUCGAAGACUCCAACUGGUAUAUAUCUAAGCAAUCUUAGUGUGAUGCUUCAAUGGGCCUGGUGGUUUUUCAGGUCAGUAUUUGAACUCUAUGUUGGCGUGGGGCUUGAAGUUGGGUACAUAUUUGCAAAAUGUUUCAUCAGUGGGAUUCAGAAGACACAACUGUUCAUGUCCGCAAAUCGUGGAUCCGCAUUGCUAUUAACCCAGUCCGGAGAAGAAAUGAAUGCUGAUUUUCUUUACCAUUUCGUUGGUGACCGGACAAUCCGCGCAUCUAAGCACAUGGCAAAUCCCUGGAGCGACACAUGUUAGCACAUCCCACAAGAAGUUCAGACUAGCGUUCAUUACUUUUCAAUUUAUUUGUUGAUUCUUUGUUGUACAUUACCUUUAAAUCUAGGUAACUCCUGAGUAGUUUUAAACAGGGAAAAUAUUUGUAUAAAUUGUUCGAGACUGCUUGCCUUUUGUCAGAACUUCAAUGGGCUGUAUACACUCUGUAUUUUCUAAUAAAAUUGUAACAUUCCACUA